AUGACGAGUGAACCAUUAAACACAUUUAAUAUAUUCAAUGUGAAUCCAGACCCUAAUGAAAUUUUAUCAAAGAAGAAAUUACAUGAUACAGAAGGAAAAGUCAAUUUAAUAAAACUAUUCAAAUAUUCAGAUUGGAUAGAUUUGAUUUUAUUAAUCAUUGGGAUUAUAAGUUCAAUAGGAAAUGGAAUAUUGCAACCUGUGAUGUUACUUUUAAUGGGAGACGUAAUCGAUAGUUAUAUCUACACUUCAGAAUAUAACAUAAUAAUAGAUGAAGAAGUUAAUCAUAUGAUUGUUGAAGGAGUAAAAGAAUCAGUGAAUAAAGUAGUUGUGAAGAUGGUAUAUUUUGGAGUAAUAAGUAUGGUAUUAAGUUUUAUGAGAACAUUUUCAUUGUUUGUAGUUUCCCAAAGAGAAGGAAUUAGAGUGAGAAAAUUAUAUUUUAAGUCAUUAUUAAGACAAGAUGCAACAUGGUAUGAUUUCCAAGAAUCAGGAGAAUUAACAACAAGAAUAGCAACAGAUAUUAAAAAUUUUCAAGAUGGAAUUGGUCCAAAAUUUGGAAUGAUUUUUCAAAUAUUCUCAAUGACUAUUACAGGUUAUAUUAUUGGAUUUAUUAAAUCAUGGGAUCUUGCAUUAGUUGUGUUGGCAACAGUUCUAUUAUCAUGUUUUUCUUUCACAGGUUUUGAAAUGGUUGCAAUGAAAUAUGAAACAAAAGCAUUAAGUGUGUUUGGAGUAGCUGGUAGUAUUGCAGAAGAAACAAUAGGAAAUAUUAGAACAGUUCAAUCAUUAAAUCAAGAACAUAAAUUUAGUGAAGAAUAUGAAGAAAAAAUAAAAGAAAAUGAACAUUUUAAUGCAAUUAAAGGACAAUGUUUUGGAAUAGGAUUUGGUUUUAGUAUAUUUUUUAUAUUUUGUUCAUAUGCACUUGGAAAUUGGUAUGGUAGUAUUGUAAUUAGAGGAAAAGGAGGAAGUAAAGGAGUAAUUGCUGGUGAUAUUUUGGGAGUAUUUUUUUCAGUGUUAAUUGGAUCUCAAACAUUAGCUAUGGUUGCAACACCACUAAAUUUAUUAUUUUCAGCACAAACAUCAGCUUAUAAAAUAUUUACAACAAUUGAUAGAAUACCAGAUAUUGAUUGUCAAUCUACAGUUGGUGAAUGUCCUAAUGAAUGUAAUGGGAAUAUUAAAUUUGAGGAUGUUCAAUUUGUUUAUCCAACAAGACCAUCUCAUCAAGUAUUAAAAGGACUUAAUCUUGAAAUUAAGAAAGGAGAAACAAUUGCAUUAGUUGGAGUAUCAGGAUGUGGGAAAUCAACUACUAUUCAAUUAAUUCAAAGAAAUUAUGAUCCAAAUAGUGGAAAAAUAACAAUAGAUGGAAAAGAUAUAAGAGAAUUAAAUAUUAAAUGGUUAAGAAAUCAAAUAGGAAUAGUUGGACAAGAACCAAUAUUAUUUGCAGGAACAAUUCGAGAAAAUAUUAUACUUGGAACAAGAGAAGGAGAAACAUUAAAUGAAGAAGAAAUGAUUAAAUGUGCUAAAAUGGCAAAUGCACAUGAUUUCAUUUCUAAACUUCCAGAUGGAUAUGAUACAAUAAUUGGAGAAAAAGGAGCAUUAUUAUCAGGAGGACAAAAACAAAGAAUUGCUAUUGCACGUGCAUUAAUUAGAAAACCAUCUAUUCUUCUUCUUGAUGAAGCUACAUCAGCACUUGAUUCAGAAAGUGAAAAAAUAGUACAAGAAGCAAUUGACAAAGCAUCAAAAGGAAGAACAACAAUUAUUAUUGCACAUAGAUUAUCAACUAUUCAAAAUGCAGAUAAAAUAUGUGUUAUUAUGAGAGGAAAGAUUGUAGAACAAGGAACACAUCAAGAAUUAAUAGAAUUGAAAGGAUUUAUUAUACACUUGCUAUGCAACAAUUUGGAACAAUGA